GCGCUGCAGGCGCGCCCCCUCCCCGCCCCUCCGCUCGCUCCCGCCGCCUCUCGCGAGGCCGCCGCCCCCCCCGCGCGCGUCACCGGCGGAGCGGACGGGGACAACAUGGCGGAGCGGCGGCGGCACAGGAAGCGCGUCCAGGAAGUUGGUGAGCCAUUCAAGGAGGAGAAGGCUGUUGCUAAAUACUUGCGCUUCAACUGUCCAACAAAAUCCACCAACAUGAUGGGCCACCGGGUUGAUUAUUUUAUUGCUUCAAAAGCUGUGGAUUGCCUCCUGGAUUCUAAAUGGGCAAAGGCAAAGAAAGGAGAAGAGGCUCUCUUUACAACCCGAGAGUCUGUAGUUGAUUACUGCAACAGACUCCUGAAAAAACAGUUCUUUCAUCGAGCAUUGAAAGUGAUGAAAAUGAAACCUGACAAGGAUACCAAGAAAGAAAAGGAAAAAGGAAAGGCUGAGAGUGGGAAAGAAGAGGAGAAAAAGAGCAAGAAGGAAAGUGGCAAAGAUGAAAAAACAAAGAAGGAGAAAGAAAAGGAAAAGAAAAAAGAUGGUGAAAAAGAUGAGUGUAAGAAGGAUGACACACCAGGAACACCCAAGAAAAAGGAAACGAAGAGGAAAUUUAAACUUGAACCACAUGAAGACCAAGUUUUCUUGGAUGGAAAUGAGGUCUACGUGUGGAUCUAUGACCCUGUUCACUUUAAAACUUUCGCCAUGGGACUUGUCCUUGUGAUCGCCGUUAUAGCCGCGACCCUGUUCCCGCUCUGGCCAGCCGAGAUGCGCGUCGGUGUUUAUUACCUCAGCGUGGGCGCCGGCUGCUUUGUGGCCAGUAUCCUGCUCCUCGCCGUCGCUCGCUGCAUCCUUUUCCUUAUCAUCUGGCUCAUCACUGGAGGAAGGCAUCACUUCUGGUUCCUGCCAAACCUUACAGCAGAUGUGGGAUUCAUUGACUCCUUCAGGCCCCUGUACACACAUGAAUACAAAGGACCAAAAGCAGACUCAAAGAAAGAGGAAAAAGCAGAAUCCAAAAAGCAGCAAAAAUACGACAGCGAGGAGAAAUCAGACAGUGAGAAGAAGGAAGAGGAGGAUGGAAAAACAGAAGGCACGAGGAACUCGGGAACAGACGGCUCAGGAGGAGAGCGGCAUUCAGACACUGACAGUGACAGGCGCGAAGAUGACAGGUCCCAGCACAGUAGUGGCAAUGGAAACGACUUUGAAAUGAUCACAAAAGAGGAACUGGAACAGCAAACAGAUGAAGGGGAUUGUGAGGAGGAAGAGGAGGAAGAUACUGAAAGUGGGCCUUCACAUGGAAAAUCAUAACUCACUGUGGUUUGGGACUAAGUAUGUGCAAAUGGUUGGAUUUUCUUUGUUGGCUGAUCACCAAAACAUAGACCAUACAGUAGCAUCUUUGUUUGCUGAAAUAUCCGUGUUACCAAACAGUUUUAUAUCUAGUUCCUUCAUUUUUUUUAACCAUUAACUUGAUUACUCGGUACUAUGUUAAUCAUUAAUAUCCAUUUACAGAAGUUUUAUCAAUUUGACAGGUUUUUUAUUGAUUGAUAGGUUGCCCAGAUUGUCCUCAAACAUACUGAAAAACAUCAUUUUCUGGUACUUGCAUAACUGGUCAAUUAGUUUAGCUUCUCAAACUUGCUUUUGUAAACCAGGUAAAAGUUGAAUGACCAAAUCUCAGAUUAUUCCUAGUUAUCCUCAUCUGAUAGUUAGUAAAGCCCUUCUUAGCCCACAGCCUUCUUGAUAUUUUUCUUGAUUUUGUUUUCAAAAGAUUGUGAGAACUUUCCUGAGAAAACUAGUUUUAGCAGAAGUAUUUUGCUGACAGUAGAGGAGCUGGUAGUGCUGAAUUUGGCUGCAGUGUUCUCUGUUUCUCCAGCCUAUGCCCCAGCAACUGAGGAAAUCCAAACUGGUUUUGUGCAUCCAGUGCAGAGAGAGAUGUCAUCUCCAGCAGGUGAAGGAAGCAGCAUGGUUUGGAAAUGAUGGCUGUUUUCUUUCUCCUGCUCCAUCAUAAUUUAAAAAGAAAUGUAUUCUGUACAUAAUUUACAAAUAAAGCAAACCAUUUACUUUAACUGCUACCUAUUAUUUAGAGAUUUGAUCCAGCAUUCAGUUUGUAUUAUUGAAGCCAUGUUGUGGUGUAUCUAUCAGAGAAAUGCAAGUCGAGAGGACCUCACGGAGUAUUUGUGUAUGAUUGGUAGCUGUUCCACAGAAGCUUUAGUUUUGUGCCAACAUUCCAUGUAUUUGAGUAAAUUGAUCUUUAUUAAAUGAAAGCAAACACCAGA